AUGAAAGAAACAGAGCCUCUCCAUAUUACACCCAAAGUCGACGUCUUGGAAUUGGAAAUGGGUUCCGAAGAUUCUAUUACGGCUUUCAAUGCUCGCCUGCAAGAUUACCCUUCUCUAGACUUAGUAAUCCUGAACGCAGGCAUCUACCAAACCGAAUUUUUCGUAUGCGAAAACACAGGAAGGGAACGGACACUACAGGUCAUUCUUCUAAGUAACUGCGCUACAGCACUGCUCGCCAUCCAGCUGUUACUGCGACAACCAACGCAAGGUCGUUUAUUGAUUAUCUCAUCAGAGGCGCAUGCAUGGGCAAAUCCUCAGCAAAAGUCAUUCACCGCCUUGAUAGAAAUGCUCAACCAGUCAAAUACAUAUCCCUGUUAUGCAAGAUACCACAUCAAUCCAGCACGUGUUCUCAUGGCGUCCGCCACACCCGGAUUUUGCCGCAGCGGACUUUUCCGUUCCUUUAAUGGUAAGACUAUCGCCGAUUAUUUGGAGAGGCUAGUUUGCCGGACCCCUGAUCAGGGCGCAUGGCAGUAUCUCACGGCGAUCGAAGGUAUGAACACAGCAGUGCAUGGCUGCUUCUUCGCAGAUGGAAAAUUUAGGCCGUCAUCGACCGCGGCAACACUGGCUAGGGAAGAAGGGCUACAUGAUUCUAUGUGGGAUAAUGUCCUUAAAAUGUUGCCUGAAUGUGCACAACAUGUAGCACAUGACUUGUCUAUCUAA